AAAAUAAAAGUCUGGAGGCACCUGAAAAGUAUGAACAGAACACCGCACUCUUUUGAGUGACAAGUGCGCUCAUUGAUGGUACAUGACGUCACACUCUCUCUCAGCCAAUCCGCUUUUAGGCUGUCAUAAAUACAGACUGACCCGUGCUCAGAGAGCUCAGUUGAUGAUAAGCAAUUGCAGGUAUCGCAUUGGAGAUAUAACAUCCACAGGUUUCAAGUUAUUUCCAUUGUGGAGGAAAGGUUGACCCAAGCUUUCAACCAACUCGACCCUUUGGAUUAAUAUAUCCCUUUGGAACGAGUCGUCAAGUGGCGUUUCUUCGCAAUAUAGGCUGGUGGAGUGGGCGAGUGCCCUCCGUAAAAUAUAGGCUGAGCAUAGACACUCGUUGCAAGCCUUUGCAAUAAUAACUUGUAUGUCACAGGUAGAUUCUUAGCACUUCUCAACACGUAGAGUGGUAUCUUAGUAUCAUUCUGGCGGGUGAUACUUCGAGGACAUCGGAAAGUCUAGGCAACUGCCCGACAAUGCCGCCCCAAGCUCAAGCAAUGGAAGCCAACUCGUACUCUCUGCCCGAUGUUGUCGAUCACGGACAGGUAUCAAUAGAAAGUGACUAUCAUUCCCGAGUAAAAUGUGUUUUAAUAGGAGAUGGUGCUGUAGGAAAGACAAGUCUAGUUGUCAGUUAUACAACAAACGGUUAUCCCACAGAAUAUGUGCCGACAGCAUUUGACAAUUAUUCAGUUGUGGUCAAAGUAGAUGACAAACCAGUCAGGUUACAGCUCUGUGACACAGCAGGCCAGGAUGAUUUUGAUUCCUUGCGGCCUCUCUGCUACCCAAACACAGAUGUAUUCCUGCUCUGCUUUAGUGUGGUCUCUCCCACAUCAUUUCACAAUAUCAUGGACAAAUGGGUGCCAGAAAUUAGAAAGCAUAAUCCACACACUCCAGUUUUAUUAGUGGGCACACAGUCAGACUUAAGAAAUGAUGUGAAAGUUUUAAUUGAACUUGCGCACUACAACGAGCGCCCAGUGACUGAAACAGAGGCAAAGGAGCUCGUGGACAAGAUCGGAGCUGUGGAAUAUAUGGAGUGUUCGGCUCUUACACAGAAACACUUGAAGGAGGUUUUUGACUCAGCGUUGUUGGCUGCCUUAGACAUAAAUGGCAAUAUCAAAAGACAGAAGUCUGGUAGCAGGCGAUGGAAAAAGAGCAAAAAAAGCAGUGACUCUGUUGAGAAAAGGCAACAGGCCCAGGGCUCAGAGCUGGCCAAAAAGAAAGGUUGGAAAAAGUAUUGCUGCUUUGUAUGAUCCCACACACACAAAAUGGUGAUGUGUUACUGCCUGCCAACCCAGCUCUUGUGAAGUGUGAGUGAUGUAAGGAAUUCCUUAUGGCUCCAAAAUGGCUUAAAAGGAAAAGUGCGUGUAUUGCCUUCACCCGCCAGUCUUGUCAUGAAUGUAUGCCUUGCAAUAAAAAAAGGGCUGCACAUAGCAUCAUCGUGACAUUAAAGGGACAUAACAGAGAGCCUCAAUUACAUUCUUGUUUAGCACUCUGUAGCAAGGAAUGUUUAUGUGAUGGAUGGGAUGUCAAAGAUGUCCCAUUGCAUCAGUCUGAUUUUGAAUGAUGCUUACAGAAUACGCUACACCUAAAGACAUUUGCUCAAAAAAAAAAGAGGUGAAAAACUAAUGACAAUGCUGUACACGAUGUGGUUUUUAAGUGACUUUGCUUCAGAGUUGUGAUGAAUUAUUUAUUUGUUUCUUAUUAUAAUUACAUUGUUAAAUGCUAUGCAGUCAUUUGUAAGUCUUAUCUCUGUUGUUUUUAAUCUGAGGUGUUGGUUGUGAUCAGACACAGUAGGUGACUUUAUUGCCCACUUCAUGUUAGCUUGUUUAUCAUAUAGAAGUAGGUCAUGGCACCACCAUGAAUAUUUUUACCUGUAACACCUUAAGCCUGAGAAAGAGAUUGUUAGAUUACAAAGGGGUAUCCAGUUUAAUAUGUGUAUAUUUGCAACUGAGAUCUUUUCAAGCUGGCUUUCUGACACAGACAGGCCUGGCCACUCCUCUGUGUUCAUAUCAUGUCAAGUUGAAAAGAAAUGGAUGAUGUUUAAACAGUUUUACCAGCUCAACAUCAGGGCUUUAAUCUGUUCUUCAGUCUGUCAGUCAGGGUGGGUUUUGUGAUCUUGUGAGCUAUAAAUCAAGGUCUGCAGUGAGGAUGGUUUGUGGCUGAUGCACACAGCUAGGUAUGUUAUUACACAUCAGCUCUGCUGUCCAAGUGCCCUGAGGUCAUCAGUAUGACUGUACUGCACUGUGUGAUCUCCCCCCCCCCCCUCCCCCAUGUGCUUGGGUGUAAAGGUAAACUUGUUGGUAAAAAAUCCACAUUGUCUUUGACAUUAUCUUAUCAGGUCAGGUGGGACUUGUCAUGCACAACACGGGAAUAAAGGUCUUGUACUCAGCAACACAGUAACGUAAUCAGCCAGAAAUAUUGCCUAGAUAUAUUGAAUGAUAGCAGGCCUGUUGUUUAACAUUUUUAGUUUUUUCAUCAUAGAGGCAAUGUGUAUGAAAAAUAUUUUAUUGCACAGCAGAUAUUGACAUACAGAGAAGCCCACCAUUUGCUUGCCAUUUCUUAGAUGUACAGUUUGUUGAUUGAAGUGAUAGCUAGUUUACAUACAACACCCCACUUGGAUGCUCACAUUGAAGGUGUUUGUAUUGAUAUAUAAGAAGUGCAAGAACACAAUGUGCCUGGUGGAAUCCCAAAUAUUUUUGUGUUAUGGGUUAGUGAUGAACCACAAGAGGUCUGAUCAUAAACUUUUUUCUAUUUAGUCAAGUGUUUCUAGUCAAGUGAAUAUUCAGUGGGCUGUGUGCAUGCUUCUGGUUUUAAUUUAUAGAGAGGCAGAAAUAUUCUAACACUGAUCAGUCAACUCCAACUCUGCCCCAUGUUUAUUUCCACAUCAGGCCCAGUCUAACUGGGUGAUAGAAUGAGUUAUUCAGCUAAUAUACCAAAUCACCCUUUCUCUGAAUGAAAAUUGCAAUAUUCUUGCCUGAAGUAGAGGAUAAAAUUGCUCCUAAAGCAGCUUAGUCUUGGUGAAGUGCAUGAAUGCUCAUCCUAAGUAGCUCUUUUGUUGGCAUUUGUUUUAUUGGCAUGUAAGCGAUUUCAAAAUUAUGAAAUACAUCAUUUAAUGAAAUGAUAAUCAUUCAGGGAUAAUAGGAGCUCAUAUCUGAAACAUAAUCAACAAUGAAUUUCUUUUAUGUGACACAUUGUAUUUUUCACUGAAAAACUUGUUGAAAAGAACUCUUUUUAAUCGCAAUAAUAGAAUAUUUGUUCAGGAACUUUAUUACAUUUUUUUCAACAGGGCUUAUGUGAAUGUAAAUACCUGUUUGUACUUUGACUGAAUUUAUUCAAGAUAACAGAUCCCUUUGAAAACCUGCUCCAUUAGAUUUUUUCACUGCAGUACAAAUUUGAAGUAUAAUUGAAGCUGGAAGUUGUAAAAGCAGUAUUGAGGUUUGAGCAAAUAAUGAAAAUAGAUUGCCGAUGAGAGCUUCAUUUAAAAUUGUCAUAUAUAAUCGCAAGUAGAUUUCAAAGUGUUCCUAGUUGUUAAUUUGGUUUAUUUUCUGAAACAAGACAGCCACAGCUUGGGUGUUGAACUUGAGUCGGAAAAAGUUUGAUGCAAUAAAACUGAAAAUUUUAAA